AUCAACCUUUGUGCAAUUCCCACAUCUUUGAAAUACGUACCAACUGUUCGAGCCUACUGGAUAUUCAAUACAUACUCUCAUUAUAUCACGCACUAUCUCGUGGGACCGAAUCACGAAACCACUUCCACUUCACAAAUCCAGAAAGCUUUAUUCGCAAAAAUGGCCGACUUCCAAGCAAAAUCCGAUGUCUUCCUGAAUUGGUUCAAAUCUCAAUCUGGAGCCACAUAUGAUUCUAGACUUCAACUCACCGACCUGCGGGACAGAGGUGCCGGAAGAGGUAUCAUCGCCACUUCAGACAUCCCCGCCGAAACAGACCUCUUCACAAUCCCGAGAAAGAGUGUCAUCAGUGUCGAGAACUCGGAGCUUUCGAAAAAGUUGCCAAGUAUUUUUACUGGUCUGAAGAACUUGGAUGCUGAUGGUGAUGAUGGUAUGGCUGAUGGAGACGAUGAAGAGGAGAGCUUGAGCAUGCCUGAUCCCUGGUUGGAUCUGAUUAUGGUUAUGGUGUACGAGUAUCUGCAGGGUGACAACUCUGCUUGGAAGACUUACUUCGAAGUUUUGCCUAACUCGUUCGAUACUCUUAUGUUCUGGGGCCAAAGCGAACUCAACGAGCUGCAAGCUAGUGCUGUCAAGGACAAAGUCGGCAAAGAGUCUGCCGAUGAAAUGUUCAAGACAAAGGUCCUGCCCGUCGUCAAGGCCCAUGAGGAUGUCUUCUACUCUGCUGGUGCUCAGAAGUUGUCUGAUGAACAGAUUGUCGAGCUUGCACACCGCAUGGGCAGUAUCAUCAUGGCCUACGCUUUCGACUUGGAGAACAACGAGGAAGACGAAGAUGAUGAGCAGGAAGGUUGGGUCCAAGACUUGGAAGGCACUCAAGCUAUGGGUAUGGUUCCCAUGGCCGACAUGCUCAACGCCGACGCAGAGUUCAACGCCCACCUGAACCACGGCGAAGACACAUUGACUAUGACUUCGCUGAGAGAGAUCAAGGCUGGCGAGGAAGUUCUCAACUACUACGGCCCACUACCAAACUGCGAUCUCCUGCGUCGUUACGGCUAUACCUCAGCAAAGCACUCAAGAUACGAUGUUGUCGAGGUACCUUGGGAGAUCAUCUCCAGCACCAUCGACAAGAGAUUUACUGGCAAGAAGGGUGCGCUGGACGAGGAUGAAAUGGAAGAGGGCUUUGUUCUCGAGCGCGACUCGGGAGAGCCCGAUGACACUGGCAUCAACACCCACCCAGCAAAAUUCGUCGGCUUCCCUGAAGAACUGGAAGAGCAAGUUUGCCAAGUCAUCGCUCCUGCAAUGGGAAUCAACCUCGACAAGGGACCCAACAAGGUACAGCGUAGACAGCUGAAGCACACUUUCUUCGAGAUCAUGGAUGCGGUUGUUCCUGCUAGACUGGCUCAAUACGGCACCACCGUUGAGCAGGAUGAGCAGCUGUUGAAGAACACUGAUCUGGAGGGAAGGCACAGGAUGGCCGUAUCUGUUCGUCUGGGAGAGAAGCAGCUGUUGAAGGAAGCCAAGGCAUUUAUCCCUGCACAAUUGGAAAAGUACAAGCCUGUGCAAGAAGAGGAGGAAGGCCGCAGUGCUAAGAGACAAAAGAGGUAGAUGUGUGUUUUCGGGUCAUAAAGAGUUUUCUCUCAAUGGACUUUUUGGGCGCUAUAAUACAUGGUUUGAUCUUGCUAGCUAUGUAGCAUUGUCCGACACAAUCUCAAUCCCUUGCAAACAUGAAACCUCCGAAGAACCUUGACAAACCAUCAUGAUCGCACAACGGCAGAACGUUGGCGACGUACUGGUCAGGUCGUACGACCACGAUACAGCCUCUGCGAUCGAUAUCCCUAGCAUUAAAGAUAUCCCUAUGUCCAUCCACAUCUUCAGCACAGAAGACCUUUUCGUAAUCUCUGAGUCCAUACUUUC